CACCUACACCUCAGUUACACUGCAGCCGUGUUUGAGUGAGGGUGUGCGUGUUGCUGUUUUAAGUAGAGAUUAAUGAAACGUGGUACAGGUGCCCUUUUUAGUGUUUUAAUCUCGUGUUGAGCAAUGUGAUUAAUGAGUGUGGUCAGUGGAAAAUUAAAAUAUGAGUUAAGUUCGUAUAGUGAGAUAAAAGUGAUAAUUUAAAUCAUGGAAAGCGCGGUGAUAGAUCCCGCGCUGGAGUUCAUGAAUGGUCCGCUAGUCACAUGGGUGCGGACAUUUGAGAGCGAUGGUGGGGGCAGCCUCACCUACGGCGCUCUGUCGGACGGAGUCUUCUUGUACGAUGUCAUGGCUCAUAUAGACCCGCCAGAAGACGGAGGCCUUGGCAGCAUCAACCGCCACCCCGACACAGCGCAUGCGCGGCUAUGCAACUUGUCGCGCGUCUUGCAGCACAUCAUCAGGUUCUCACAAGAAGUUGUAGGGCAGCAGCAGAUGCAGACGCUGCCUGACCUGGUGCUGCUCUCGCGUCAGCCGCACACGGCAGCGGGGGUGCGCGAGCUCAGGAAGCUCUUGCUGCUGCUGCUGGCCUGCGCCGUGCAGAGCUGCCAUAAACUCUCCAUUGUACAGAACAUCAAAACACUCGACCUCGACGUGCAGCACUCCAUCGUCGAGUGCAUCAAAGAGGUCACGGACAACCCUGAGAGCGUUUGGCCCUCGGAGUGGAGUUCCGUGGAAGGCGUGCCUGAGGGUCGCUUGAACGAAGCCUUCCGUCUGCUAGUCGCCCACCUCACCAGACUAACUGCUAGCGUCUGCCUGGAGUGGCUGCGAGUGGCGUGUGGAGGGAGCGUGAGUGGCGACGACAGCACAGACGCCGAGUCUCUGAACGCCAGCAGCAGCCACCUCGCCGUGCAGCUCGCUGACCACAAGGCACAGCUCAGACGACUGCGUCAGGACCAUGACGAAAAAUGCGAGCAAGCGUCGGAGCUCAAGGAGGAGCUGGAGCAGCUCAAGUCGAGUCUCAACAAAGUGAAGCAGGAGAACGUGGAGCUGGUUCAGGACGCUCGUGCAGCGCGGGCCUGGCGCGACGAGUCUGACAUCCUACGCGAGCGCGCUGCCAGGGUGGACACGCUCGAGGCCGAGGUGGCCAAAUAUAAGGACAAGAUGGCAGAUAUUCAGUUCUAUAAGACUCGUGUCCAGGAGCUCAGAGAGGAUAACAAAAUGUUGUCAGAGACGAAGGACAUGUUGGAGCAGCAACUCGAGACCUCGAGGAAAAGAAGCGAGCAAAUUUUGGAACUGGAGAACAAAAUCUUGACACUCAAGCAGAAUAUUAACCAAAUCAACUUGGAGCGUGAGCGUGACCGAGAGCAGUUGCAGGAGCUGAUGGAAGAGAACGCUCAGCUGCAGAUGAGCGCACGUAACUCCCUCAACGAGUCCACGACGCUCGUAGCGCAGAUAGACAGGCUCAAGACGGCAACCACCAACGGCAUCAGCAUCAGCUCCGACCUUAACAGCGACGCCCAAACUCGGCUGCUGAAGCUGCAGCUCGAGAACCAGCGGCUGGAAGGGUUGCUCGAGAGCCUCAGAUCGAGCGCCGCCGAGCAGUGCUCCGAGAAAACCAUCGAGCUCGAGAAGGAGAACAAACGACUCGCUCAAAAGGUCCUAGCACAGCAGGAGAGCGAGCGCCGGGAGCGGACGGAGCUGCAUGCCGCGCAGGAAGAAACUCUGCAGACCAAGAAGGAACUGCAGAGGCUGCAGGAUACGCUGCAGACCGUGCGUGAGAACGCUGACAGACAGUGCAAGGAGAUGCAGGAAGAAACGUCGCACCUGCACGAACUGAUCGAGAGCCUGCGUGAACGGCAGCAGCAGGGAACCGACACGCUGCUACUCGACGUCGAGAGCGAGAACAAGAGACUCAUGGACGCCAACCUCCAGCUGCAGUCACAGGUAUCACGACUAGGCUACGAGAAACAACAACUACAACGGCUAACGGAGAGGCUGCGCGAGUCCGCAGAUCGACUUAUGCAAGUAGAGAACCAGAAGUCUGAGAUGGAGCGCGAGAACAGGGAACUUCAGCAGUCGCUCUCGCUGCUGCGCGAGUCGAACGAACGACAUGAAGAACUCGAGCGAAGUCAUGCUAGUCUUGAAGUGGAGUUCACUAGGGUCUCCAGAAAGCUGGAGAAUUCCUUGGCAACUCUAAGCAAACUGGAGAGCGUGCAGAGCGAGAAGCUGCAAUUGCAGGCUGAGGUGGAGAGGCUCAGUCGCAAGUUGGAGUCUGUUAAGAUCUCCUCCAUGAAGAUCGCAGACCUGGAGGGAGAGAAGGAGGGUCUGGUGCUGCAGGCGGAGCAGCUGCAGCAGCAAAUUGCUGCUCUCCAGCAGGAGACUGCGAGAGUGCAGCAGCUGGAGAUCGAUCUCAUGGCUGCCGGUAACGAAACACAAAAACUCAAACGAUCGAUGGAUUCGUGCCAGAAAAAGAUGAAGGAUAUCGAAAAGGAGAAGUCUGAUUUGGAAUCGGAGAAUUCCAAGCUUCACCGAACGGUAGAGACUUUGAAGUUGUCAACCAAGAAGCUCAACGAUCUUGAGAAAGAUCUGACUGAGCUGGAGGGCAGCAACGACCGCGUUGAGCGAGAGAACAGAUCGCUGCAGAAAGAAUUAGGCCGCCUGAAAGAAGCUCUGUCGGUCAAAGACAACCUGGCCGAGGAAUGGUCUUCUAAAGCCGCAAGUCUCCAGAGGUCCAACCAGAAGCUCGCAAGGCAGCUCGAAACGCACACAUCGUCUGACAACAAAAUGCGAGAGCUGAGCCAAGAGAAGCUGCAGCUGGAGCAGCAGGUGCAGCGCGAGAGGAAGACGCUCGCUGCGCUCAGGGAAGACCUUGUCGCCGAGAAGAGUAGAUCGGGUUUCAUCAUUUACUGCGAUUUGAGUUUCAAGAUUGUCCUAUUUCGCUACCACGCGCUGGAGGCGCUACUGGAAGAGACGCUCAAGAGCAGCCUGGAAGUGCGUGAUGAGAAGAUCGCUUCACUAGAGUCUCGACUCAAUGAAUCUGUGGCACGAAACUCGCAGCUACGCCAGCAGCUUCUUCAAGUGCGUACAGAGCUUGAGUGCGUGCUGUUGCGGCAACAGGAGGAAGUUGGGGAAUCUGGCUUAGGCUUCGACGCUUCCAGGCAAAUCUCCAGCCUCAAAAUGGCCGUCGAUCGAAUUAAUGAAGAAAAACUAUCUUUGGAGUCCGAAGUGUCGAAUCUGUCGAGUCAGGCCUCUAGUUACAGAGAACAAGUGUGCGCGCUGCAAAGUCAAGUGACAUCGCUCGCUGGCCAGAACACAGUCAUGUCCAAACACAACGCCAGCCUCCAGGGAAGCAACGCUCGGCUGCAGGUUGAAAACACAACUCUGCAGAGCCAGUCUGCAUCUCUCAUCGCACAGAACACCGCCUUACAGACUUCUGCGUCCCAACAGGAAGCUGAGAGAGUCAAGGUUACGCCAUCCUCGUAUGGUGAGCGCCAGAAUCGCCUGGAUCAGCUCUCUAACGACCACGACUCGCUACGGCGGCUACACGAGCAACUGCAGCGCGAUUACGAUGCUCUUAACCACGACCACACGACGCUCAAACAACAGCACAAGAACGUCAAAGCAGACUAUAAACUGCUUCAGGAAAAACAGAGCAAUUUGUCCGCGAGUGAAGACGAACUUCUGAAAAUGAAGGAGAAGCUUGAUAGUGAAAUGUCCAAUCUCAAGUCAGACUCUAUCUCACUCUCAAAUCUGAGAGCAGAGCACUCUAAGCUCAAGGACGACUUCCGCAGUUUGUUCGCCUCUAACGACAAGUUGCGGUGCGAGUACAAGAGUUUACAGAGCGACUACAAGGCUGUCAAGGGUGAGAACAACAGCCUUAAGCUGCGCCUUACUGAACUCGGCGGCGAGCUCAACGAUGCUAAGGACCACAUGACGGCUCUUGACGUUGAAGUGUCGAAACUCACCAAUAAAUGCCAGGUGCUGCAAGAGGUGAACACGACGCUGGAAGACGCCCGUCAGACGCUCAUGAGUCAAGUGUCGCAGCUGCUGACGCAAUACCACGACCUCCUGACGCAGACGCUCGACGACAAGCACCACUUCCAUCAGGAGGAAAAAACCUUCGCCGACAAGCUGAACAAUUUACAGCGCCAGAAGGAGAAGCUUGAGGAGAAGAUCAUGGAACAAUACCGCCGUAUGAAUAAUGCCCCUAAUAACAAACUGUCACCAGGAUGCGUUCCGUACUCACGAGGAUUUGGCUCAAACCUUGUACGACGAGUACGGAAGGCUGGCAACGAUCUUAUCAGCAAGGUUCCGCGGACCGGACGGUCGAGGUCCCGGGGACGAGAGGAUGGCGUAGAAAGCCCGGACUCUUCCUCUUUGGGGUCUUCGUCCCACGCCCACGAGUCCUCAUCUCUGGACUCUGGUUCCGAGACUCGUCACUCGUCCCCAACACUCCCCGCGGGGUCGUCUUCAGGAGGCGAGAGUAUCCACGCCGAUCCUCUAGCAGGAGUUGAGGAUGGGCGCAUGACACACUACAGACGAAGGGAGUCGCUUGGCACGACGGCCCUUACGAACGGCAGCUUGACGACCUCCCUGGGCGGCUCUGUGACGCUCAACCGCAAGUCCAUGCCACUCUCUGUGUCGGAAUUCUACCUCGGCCACUCGUUGAGGGGGUCAGUAUCAUCCGAAGAGGUAGCAGCGUCGUUGCGGUCCAGUGACCUGGGAGAUUCAAUUCGAGACGAAGAGUUAUCUUCUCUGAUGUCUGGAGCACCUUCCCUUAACAGCUACCUGCCCCAUAUCUCCAGCUGCUCCAUCUCUGCACUCAGCAACGGCCGACCACACAACACCUCUUUGAACUUCUCCACAAAUCACAUCAAUACCUCGUUCAACAAACAACCUUCGAGUAUCACGAACGGCAUUAGUAAUAAUCAUCAUAAUCAAUACCACCAUCAUUCUAACCAAUCACAUGAUUCUGAUCAUCAAAACAUCAGCCAUCAUCACCAGAGUAGUAACAGUAGUAUGGUGAGUUCGAGCACUCCUACUCCUAGUCUCACCAGCUCCAUGGAGCUCGCCAGGGCUGGGUCUCGGAGACCUCUGUGUCUCUCCGACGACCAGGACUCGAGCGCCACUCGAGACAGCGAAUCUGAGUCGAGAAGUCGGCCUGCUUCUCGUGGACCUCAACCUGGUAGCCAAUAUGGCGCGCAGAGGUGAGCAGUUUAUAAUCAUUACGUUAAUCACACUAAUCUGAUGGAAAGCUCAAUUAAGAUGUGUUUCAUGUAAGCUUGAAGACAAGUUUAUGAGUUCGCAUUCAAGUUGUGCAAUCGCUUUCCUGACAUGAGUUUCUCUGUAUAACCUUCUACCAAAAUAGUUUUUCUUGGGGCUUGACCGGAAAUUUAGUAUCUUAUCGAUUUUAUUAAUCAUUUUAUGAAGGUAAUGAAGUCUUUCUCACAAGCGAUUUUCAUGUACAGCCUAAUUUUAUGUCUAAAAUUUCAGGUGGAACUUUAAAUACGAUGCAAAGAAAAACAU